CAUUCUUUCUUCUUUAUUGCUUGUCUUUCUCCUCAUGCUUACCCUUCCCUUAUGUCUUUGUGUUUUUCCUCUCGGUUUUGACUCCUUUUAUUCAGAUCUGGAGAGUGCUUUUAGAUCUAGGUUCAGAUCUGUGACUUGGCGUGUUGCAACGACAAUGAACGGUUGUGUGUGGGCUGUGGUGGAAUUGAGGGAUGAGGUUUGGUAGCUCCAUUAGCGAUUUGGGGAUGGUAGGUGGCAAAAUUGAAAAAUUGCUCAGUCAGGUUCGCCUUACCGUGGAGGUAGACACCUUUCUUCCCUUGAUAUCAAUAUGGAAACCAUAUGAUUCCCGGGUUAGAAAAGCUGUGGUUGGUGGGAAAGAUAUUUUCCUGGCAAAGGUUUCAUGCGGGGGUGAUUGGUGUUAUAGAUACAUCGAUGGAUCCUUUCCCUUCGUCUGCCGGCUAAGAGUCCCUCUAGCUGGACAAAGCAUUGUAGUGUCAGGAGACACUACAUUACCAAGUCCAUUGAUCUCCUAUGCUAGGUCGGGUGGUACAAUAGAUAUGAUUGCUAGUAGCAUCAGAAAGCUCAAGUGCAUUCUUUCUAUAUCAUUACAUGGCUCUAUUAGAUCCCUUUGACAUAUACUGAUAUGUAGAGAUCUGUUGAGGAUCCUGUUAAAGACAGUACUUGGGAGUAGCCUUUGAUUUUACUGAGAGAAGAAGAAGAGGAUAAUAUAUCAGGUUAUACUGCUUUUCAAAUGCCAAAAUGCAUUUGGUUGAAGUUUCUGACUUGCUUUCAACGCAUACACAAACCAAAGAAGAAUGCCAAACAGCGUAUUAAUAAUGUCCAAGGGCUUUGGUUUAAAAUGUUUUACAAAGCAAAAACAUAGUUUGAAUUCAAAAGGGUUCAUCUUUGGGGCUGAGAAUCACCACCACCUUCACCACCACCACACUAUUCAAUGGAGAUCUUACAGAAACUAGCUUCUAUCAUCUUACCCAGCAGAGUGGCUUCUGCAUUCAAAAUCGUAGAAACUGCUAAAUCAAAGGUCUUCACCCUA